CCUUCUGCAGGUGUUUCAGCAUGUAUACAGAGGUUUGCACUGAGGAGUUGAAUUCCUCUGUUUAGUUUGCUCUGAGCACAGAGGGAUAUCUCUUACAGUACAUGGCAAAUCGCAUGGAUCAGAGGCUGUUUGAGUCUUGCUGUUGAACGUAGUGGAACAUUAAGGUCAUAUGAUUCCAUGACACAUGUGUAUGUAUAUAUAUGAGAUGCCUGCUGACUCUGCUCAGACUGCACUAAACUUCCCUCUUCAGAAGCACCCAGCAUUUCAGAGAAGUUACCUGCCACUAUGAUGCCUGGGGGCUUAUCUGAGACCAAGCCUGCUACUCCAGAAGUCCAGCAUAUUGUUGACCAGGUGAAGCCACAAUUUGAAAGCAGAGAAAACAGGACAUAUGGCACCUUUAAAGCCAUAGUAUAUAAGACUCAGGUGGUCGCUGGGAUAAACUACUUUAUUAAGGUCCAGGUUUCUGAUACUGACUACGUUCACUUAAAGGUGUUUCAGAGCCUUCCUCAAGAGAACCAAGGUCCCAGCCUUGUCAGUUUCCAGACUGGCAAAACCAGAGACGAUCCUCUGACCUACUUCUGAGACACAAUGAGGAAUGGUGUCUUAUUUCUACAAGUUGCAUGUGGCUUCUGCCUAUGUCAGUAAACGCAUGAAUACAAAAUAUGUUUUGAAACCUA